AUGGACAAGAGUUGGAUGUUACUUAAGAAUAGGAUGAGUUCCCAAUAUAGAGAUGGGGUGAAGGCUUUUAUUCAAUUUGCAAUGACAAAUGUAGGGCCAAAUGAUAAGAUUUGUUGCCCUUGUAUGGACUCUUUGAAUUGUGAAUGGCACACUAGUAAAAUUGUGGAGUAUCAUUUGGUCAUGAAAGGGAUGUCCCCUUCUUAUAAGACUUGGGUUCAUUAUGAGGAAGCUGUUCUCAUGAAUCAAUCUCAUGCAUUGAAUGAUGACAACCAUAAUGAAUUUGGAAGUGUUGGGGAUAGAAUGGAGGAGAAGAUAGGCAAAGACCAAGAUGAAAUCCUAAAUUUGUUAGAAGAUGUUUAUAUGGGGACUAUCAUGAAUGAUGAUGAAAACGAAGGGGUUGAGGAGGAUGAUGUGACUAAUAAUGUCAAAAAAGAGGAUGUGCCCAACUUUAAAAAAUUGUUGAAUGAUGCUCAAGAGAGUUGUACCCUGGGUGUCGUGUUGAACAAGUGGAGCAAUAAGUCAUUCAACAUGCUGUUGGGGAUAUUAAAGGACCUUCUACUAGCAAGUGAUCAAGUGAUUCCAUGGACCCUUUAUGAAGCCAAAAAAUUCUUACGUGACUUAAGCUUAGGAUAUGUGUCGAUUCAUGCAUGUAAGUAUGAUUGUGCACUUUUCUGGAAGGAGAAUGCAAAUUUAGAGAAUUGUCUGAUUUGUCAAGAGUCUAGAUACAAGUUGAAUGAUGGAAGAGGUAAGAAAACUCCUCAUAAGAUCUUAAGAUACUUCUCGUUGACACUGAGGUUGCAGAGAUUAUAUAUGUCAAGAAAAAAAGCUAUAGAUAUGAGAUGA